AUAAAAAGAAACUUAAGAAAAAUAAAAGUAAUAUCGUGUAAAUUGUUGUUGUUUUUAGCGGUAAAUGUGUCACUGUAUUUCUGUAAGGGCCCAAAAAUCAAUAGAUAAUUGUGCUUUAAAAGAAGCGGAGGGCAGUUCUGUGAUUUAAGUUGUUUACUUUUUAAAAAAUACUUUAACAUGGUUUUCGAAUCCAUUGUAACCGAUUUAAUCAAUCGGUUUUUGGGACAGUUUGUUGAAAAUAUGGACAACAAACAAUUAAGAAUCGGCAUAUGGAGUGGUGAUAUUGUUCUGCACAAUUUGAAGGUAAAAGAUGGGGCACUGGAUGAAUUUGAGUUACCCGUUAAUUUGCUGCACGGCUACUUAGGUAAAUUGGUAUUAAAAAUUCCCUGGAAAAAUCUGUACAGUCAGCCGAUAGUAGCACAAGUAGAAGAGGUUUAUUUAUUAAUUUCACCUAGACGUAUGGUCAAAUAUAAUGCGGAAAAAGAAGCAGCUGCCGAGCUAGCGUACAAACAGAAAACAUUACAUGCCGUUGAUGAGGCAUACCGGGCAGAGCAACAAAAAGCUACCCGCAAAAUGGAUCCAACACUGGUGGAGAAAUUGACGGCUCGGAUAGUUAAUAAUGUGCAAGUGAAAGUAUCAAAUAUUCAUGUAAGAUAUGAGGAUACAAUAACCGCAAAGCUACCCUUCGCCUUUGGAUUCACUCUACACAAUUUGGAAAUAUUCACCACCGAUGAAAAUUGGGAAAAAUGCUUUAUAACUGAGGUAGUUAGUCAAGUUUUUAAAUUGGCGACAUUGGAUAGUAUUGCGGUAUAUAUGAAUUGCCAAGCUCUCACAUUCACUUCGCGUACUUAUCAGGAAAGAGUAGAAUUAUUUCGCGAGACUAUAGCCCGCAAAGAUAUGGUGCCUAAGUUUUAUACCUAUGUUUUGGGUCCAAUUUCGGCUAUGGCACAAUUACGAUUGAAUUUAAGUCCUGCUCAGGAUGAUCCACCAUUUGUUAUUCCCAAAAUUAGGUUAGACUUGGGUAUUGAGAAAUUAGCUGUGGGAAUAACAAGCACUCAAUAUUUAAAUCUUAUGAGCCUUUUGGAUGUCCUAGGUCGUAUGUUAGCAGGCGCUCCAUAUCGUAAAUUUCGUCCCUACAAUACGCCUAUCAAAGGCAAUGCUAAAGUAUGGUGGAAAUUUGCUAUAACUUCCGUAUUGGAGGAGCAAGUACGUAAAAAACAACGUGUAUGGUCUUGGGCAUAUAUUAAAGAACAUCGAAAAAUUUCUAAACUCUAUUAUGAGGCUCACAAAGAGCGUUGUCUUACUGCAAAGCCACCUCAGGCGUUGUUGGAUAGAUGCGCAGAGGGUGAAAAACGCUUAGAUAUGUUCAAUUUGAUUUUGAUACGUAAGACGGUGCAUUUAGAGAUUGAACGUAUGAAAAAAGAAGAGAUGCAAAAGAAAGAGGAGAAAAAGAAACAAGGCUGGUUUGGCGGUUGGUAUAGAAAAAAAAGUACAGAUAGCCCUGCAACUCUCAGUUUAAAGAAACAACUCCAGUCUGCCCUAACACCGGAAGAAAGAGGAAAACUAUUCGAUGCUAUCGGUUAUCAAGAGGAUACUGCUCCAUUGACACUGCCAGAUUAUUAUGUAGCGGUUAUUAUGAAUUUCCGUUUGAGCAACUUAGAAGUCGGUCUCUACGAUGAUAGAGAUUUUGGUGAAAUUUUUGAUCGCGAUACAAUAACACAACAUGAAAAGAAAAACGUUUUAGUUUUAAGGUUUUUGGAUGUCAGUGCGGGGCUUCAGCAGAGACCGGGGUCCAAAGGAUUGAAUCUGACAGUUGGCAUGAAAGAGCUUAAAGUGACGGGCUACACACUAGCAAAAAAACCGCCAACUUUAAUCGUUUCGAAAAUUGGCAGUAGUACUAACUUAUUGGAUUUAUCGUUCGAGAUGAAACCUCUAGAUAAAUCGUGCGAUCAGCGUAUACGUUUAGCAAUGCGUCCUUUGCAAAUAAUGUAUGAUGGUGGAACUAUUUUGCAGUUGUUGAAAUGCUUUGUACCUGAACCGGACGUCAAUCUAUCAAAGCUAGAGGGUGCAGCUACAUUGAAACUAGCGACUUACAAAAGUCGUUCAGCUACUGGAUUGCAAUAUAUGAUCGAUAGUCACCCCAGACUUGAUAUCGAUAUCACUUUCAUGCCAAACAUUAUUAUAUUACCUAUGGGAGGUAUUUUCCGACCUGGCAAACAGUCGGCUGUUGUUGUGAGUUUAGGUAAAUUACACGUGUCUUCACAACCACAUGAACCCUUAGGUGAUAAUUUGAUGAAACUGGAUCAAGAAGAAAUUAUGGAGACAUUGAUAGCGAAAGCCUAUGAUGUCUUUAAAGUGACUAUCGAGGAUGUGCAGAUUUUAGUACCCUUUGCGGAUGAAAAUUGGGAGAAAAUUAUAAGACGAGGCUCUAGCGCUCGCAUGCAUUUAUUGCGUCCAACAUCUAUAAUAGUAAAUGCCGAAGUGUGUGUGGUGGACAAUGAUCCCCGCUUGCCGAAAACCCGUGUAAAUAUUCUCUUACCUGUCAUUAAUUUGAAUUUAGCUGAAGAUCGCGUUAUCGAAGCAAUAAAUAUUGGGCUUAGUAUUCCACAACCGCCCCCGAAAAAGGCUGCACCACCACCACCUAAGUCGCCAACGAAACCUACAACUAAAACUCCGGCUACGAGUGCGUUGAGACGAUCAAUGGAGGAGCGUCGCUCAAUUAAAACUUCUCUGCAAGAUGAGGUCAUACAAUGCACCAAUCUCGAGCUUAGCUUUGCUCUUAAAGAGUUCAGCAUUACCCUUUUAAGAGCAGUGCCUUCGACGUCGCGUGUCUCUGAUACCGCAUCUAGUUCGGAUAGUACGUUCUACGAAACACCCGAAAACGAAGAAGAAGGUCCACUUGAUGCCAUCUUUUAUGAUGCCGAUGAUCUUAUGCUAAUUGAGCCUCAGGAAGCAGACGUCAACAAAUUGCUUUCGUUUAAAGUUUUACAAUUAGAAGUUGAGUUAGCGAUGCGCACUUUCGAACUAGCUCUUAAAGCCAACUUGGGAGCGAUCAGCCUUAUGUCUUAUGUCGUGCUUGAUCAGAAAGAAAAGGCGAUUGUUUUAAUUGAAACACCCGGCUUUACGGAAGGUAGACCACUAUUGCUUGUCGGCCUUACCAUGGUCAAUAAAGUCACACCCGAUUUUGUUACCAAAUAUCAGUCCAUAGAACAAUUAAUUAACGUGAAUUUCGCUGUGUUAAAAGUAAUUCUGCAUCAAGAGGAUAUUUUGCGUUUACUAGAGAUUGCUGCUGAACUGCAAGAAAAAAUGGGAGAAAUUGGGAUUAAACCGAAAGAGCAACAAGAAACGCAAGAUCGUUCGAAUCUAGUAACUGAGGACAAUUUAGCAGCGCGUCUAAGUUCAUUCACUGAAGAGACCAGACAAAUGAUGGAAGCAUCAGUUCCACGUUCUUCAAAGGUAGCUAAAGUUAUUGACAGCAUCAAACUAAAAUUGGUGGCCAAUUUGGAAAUGGUCAGUUUAGAAUUGACCUGUGAAAAGCGAUCCCUAGCUUUGAUUAGUGUUAGCACCUUGGAUGCUAAUGUAAUCUUAAAAUCGUCUUAUACAGAAGUGAAGCUAUUUCUGAAGGAUAUAUUGGUGAGGGAUACAAAUGUUCUUACUAAACAUCCGGAUUUCUUGAGUAUCGUUGGACACGAUGCCUUAAAUUGCAAAAUUGUCUUAUACAAUCUGGAGGAAACGAAAGAUUACAAUAAAUACGAUAUGACACUUCGCGUAGAAGUGGGCGGCAUGAAAAUCGUAUUCGUUAAUUGGUUUUUAACAUCGGUGUUGAGCUUUUUAGCGAAUUUCCAAGCAGCCCAACAAGCUAUAAAAAAGGCUUCAAAACAAGCCGCAGUUGUAGCCAAAAAGAACGUAAUGACGAAGGAGAAGGUGUCUCGUAUAAAAAUGAAUCUAUACAUAAAAGCCCCGGUUAUCAUAGUGCCGGUCGAUUCGCAAGCCACAAAUGCCAUUGUUAUCGAUUUAGGUCAUCUGCAUAUAGCGAAUACAGUUAGCGAUAUUAUAGAAGAAGAAGAUAAAGCGGAACCGCUUGUUAUUGAUGAUAUGAAAAUCGCGUUGGAAGAUAUGCGAGUAACACGCGUUCAGAUUUUAGACGAGCAUCAAAAAAUGAUUCUUCAAGAAAAAGGCGAAGAUGAAGUUGAUUUGAGCUACGGUUUCAAGGCAGGCGUCAAUAUGAUGGAGCGCAGUAACAUUAAUUUAGGUUUGAAACGAAAUUUAACGUUUGGCUGGGUGAAGUCAGCACCUGAAAUGGACGUAAGCGGCCAUGUGCAACUUCUCGAAUUUCGUCUCCUUAUGGAUGAUUAUGGCGUGAUAAUGUCAAUACUUAAUCGUAAUUUGAAAGAAGGAAAAAACGAAUUUGCACGCGUUGAAGUAGAAACUGAUCAACGACCAAGUAUGGCGUCUGCUCCAACCGUUACAACAUUACCAACACAAGUCCAUGAAGAGCCUGCGACCAAAACUGUAGAGACUGCUAAAGAUACCCGUAAGGCGGUUACUGUGAAAAGAAAACGAAUUAGCGAACAAUUAAAAUUCAAUAUACAAGUAGACGGUUUUGUUUUGCAUCUGAUGACUCAUCCAAAAAGGGGUCUGGCUCGCUUCGGCAUAUAUUAUCUAUCAUUAAAAGGUAGCAAAUUGGUGGACAAUACAUUCACGACCAAUAUGGUCCUUUGCAACAUACAACUGGAUGAUACGCGCCCGGAUACAACGAGUAAAAUAACUACUUAUAUGUGCCGCAAAGACUGGCUUACUGUGGAUGUCCCCGACAAACUUAUCUCAACGUCUCUCGAAAUUAUAAGUCAUUGCUUGGACAACGAUACCUACAUGUUAGACGUUACUGUCCUUUUAAAAGAGAACGAGACCAUGGUGAAGGCAAAAAUAUCAAGUUUCGAUAUAAUAUUAUGCGCAAAAUUUUUACUUAAACUGACUGAAUUCUUUAAAGUACCGGAAAUAGCCGAAGCGGUCACACCAGAAAAAGCCAAGGAAGUUGUUACCCUUCAUACUACUUUCGCGAGGGAAAGUGCUAUAGCAACCCAAUCAAAAAAGUCGGUACAAAAGACACUAACUUUCACAGAGCCGACAACUUCAAGUAAAACACCAAGUACAACGGCGAUCGUAGAAGAUACUAAAAAGAGAAAAAGUUCAAUUACGAUCACAGAAGUGACGGAGCGACCACACGUAACAUCUGCUGCAUCGCCACAGCCAGCCCAACGUGAAGGAAAUAUUAACGUUAGUUUAGUGAUAGAUGAACCGAGUAUAAUAUUGAUAGAAUCAUUGGAUGAUAUGAACACAAAUGCUGUCAUUUUCAAUAUGCAAGUGCAACUUAAUUUGCGGAUUGUGGGUGAGAAACAACUUAUAAAGGGUACAGUUGACGGCUUGAAAAUGUACUUGUGUUGUUUUUUACCGGAACGUCGUGAAGCUACACGUCAUUAUAUAUUGCAUCCAUGUGUGAUAUCAUUACACGGAUCUACUCCGAACGAGGGCGGUCUUCACAUUAGUCUUGCUUUCACUGAUGUCAUCUUGAAUGUGUCACCUGCAGCCUUAGAAAUUUUCAAUAAGAUCGGUCAAUCAGUUAGUGGCCAAAACGUAACCAAAUUGAUUAAAAAACACCAGCACCAUUUGGAAACCAUUUGGAAGCAAAAGAAAUUCGAAAGUGGCGAUUAUUGGUUUACCGAAAUGGAGGAAGGUCAAGAUGCCGUGUCCUUAUUAGAAAAGAAAAGUACUGCACCGGCGAAAAGCGAACGUUGCGUUAUAGAAAUGCCAUGUGUAAUUUUGGUUGUCGAAUCCGGAUUAGGUUAUUAUACGCAUCCGCUUAUAUCGUUAGAUACUCGGUUAAAUAUAGCUGCUAAAGAUUGGAGCUCUAAUUUAAACGUUAGCGGUGGCUUAACUUUAUCCGUUAACUCCUAUAAUCAAGCGUUAGCCGUAUGGGAACCGGUUGUUGAGCAAAAUGAAUUAUUCGAUAAGCGCGGAGAGCGAGUGCUUCAACCUUGGGAGUUAACUUUCAGUUUGUGUACGGAAGAAAGAGUAUCGGAGUAUGAUCCAACUCAAACUGACCGUGUUCAAGUAAUUAAAAUAAUAUCUACCGAAAUGCUUGAAGCGACAGUAAGCAAAACGUUCAUAAAACUUUUGGCCUCCCUAGGAGCGGCCUUCGGCCAAGCUAUGGCUACUGACGGCAUCGUUAAGCCGGACGUAAUAGCGCCGUAUAUUUGUCAAAAUGAUAGCGGCUUCGAUAUAACUAUAAAUUUUUCAGUGGGUAUAUUUACACCACAUGAUUGCCAUCUUCCUACUUGGCCCGGUCAUCGAACAUUAAAUAAACCAUUAGUGUUUACAUUUUUGGACGAUAGUCAGGGUCUUGAAGAACGUAAUAUUAAAAGUUGUGUUGUGCCUAAUGGUCAUAAAAUUUAUUUGCGAACUAAAAAUCUUGAUACGAUAUCAGUUGCCGAGGAAGAGGAGUAUAACAUAUAUGUUAAGAUUGGCAACGUCGAGCAAAGUUUAAUUUUACCAAUGUCCAAAGUCGUUAAACGUUAUUUCCCUUUACAUCGGGGUGAGUAUUUGGAAACUUGGGGCGUCGUUUCAGAUGUCACUUCCGAAUACGGCUGUACUACCAUAAAUAUUCAUGGAGUAGUGAAUAUUGCAAAUCAUUUCACAAUACCGAUCAAAGUGUUUUCAAUCCAACCCGAUAUUCAAGAAAUGCUGCAGAUAGGCACAGUACCAUCCACCGGGGUAUUCCACGUACCAUUACAAGCCAUACAUUCAGAAGGAAGAUAUUUGCAUUUUGCUCCUGAGUCUUACGAAGUUUCAAAGAAGGGAGUUAAAUGGGAUAAUUUUCCUACAGAUUUCAAGUACAUGCGUCAUAUAAACUGCGAAUCGAAGUAUACAUUCGAACCGUUUUACAUUAAUAUAAAUCGUGAAAAAACCGAAAUUUAUUAUGAACUGACGAACAAAUAUAAAAUACCUAGUGUUUGUUAUACGUUCCAUUUGAGACCACCAAUGUAUUUGCGUAAUGCUCUACCUAUUAACAUAAGCGUUUCGGUAGCCGGUUGCGCUCGCAAUCGUGCCAUUAGCGAUACCAUUUCCGAGCGUACGCACAGUAGCGACAUUAGUCAAAGAGAGCAAGACACACCAAAGAAUUCACAUCCAGGAACGCCAAUAACAUCUCCAAAACCACCUCAACCGACAAUGUCGCCGCCAACGCGCCAAUCACCGAUGCGGGAACAAUUGCAAACUGAUAUCAUGAAAAUGCUACCUAGUGACGAUCCAACCGGUUUAACGAGAUCGGUUAUGCAGAAUACUUCACCGUUGACGUCAGCAGCAGGUUCAACAAGUGAGACAACUCAAUCGAGCGACAUUUCGAUUGUGAAUCCCCCUGCUAAUGCUGGUCGAAGCCUUAAUUUGGACGAUGACUCUGACGAUGACAUGAAUCUUGGCGAACAGGAGGUAGAAGUUGGUAACCUGCUGCAUUUGCCAACAAUACAAAUUCGCGGACGAUCCAAAUAUCCUGGAAAUUAUUUGGUUAUAAGGAUGAUACAAUAUUUGGAAAAAGACUGGUCCUGCACUACAGAAAUUCCGGACAAUCGUCCACAAUUUACGUCGUGGAAAUUUCAUUCCUACGAUUCGGAAAGUCCUAUGGCUCUAGAUUUGUAUGUAAGAUUUGAUGAUCGUUUUGGUAGUUUGGUGAUUACAUUAUUCAGUCCGUUUUGGUUGGUUAAUAAAACUGGCCUAAUGUUAAGUUAUAAGACCGAUAACGAAUCGGUAGAUGUAUUAUACCAUCCAUCUGAAUAUACUGGACCGAUCUUAUACGCAUUCCGUGGUAAAAAUUUGUUUGAAAAGAAAAGUUGCGCCAUCCGCGUGGAAGGUGGAGAUUGGAGUAAACAAAUACCUUUACAUGUGGCUGGUUCCACCGGCUCAGUGACCUGCAAAUAUAAAGGUUUUCCAUUUCAGAUCGGUGUUCACAACUCUUUAACGAAGAACUCAUUGACCAAGCACAUAACAUUCAUACCGUUCUAUACGAUAACAAACAAAUGCAGUUUCGUCAUAGAAGUGCAGGAAUAUUCCCGUCCAGGUGAUCCCUGGAAAAAGCUUCCCGUAAAUCAAUGCACUCCGUGGUGGCCUAAAAAUAUUUCAAAUCUUAUGCUGAUAGCCAAAGUGGGAGCCGAUCGCACAACCCCUUUUAAAUAUUCUGAACCAUUUCAAACUUUAUUGCAGUUGGUUGAUAAUCGGUAUGGUGGAAUUAAUGUGGACAUUCAUGUCACUGAAGGUGGUAGUUACAUCAACUUCUUCGAGUAUCGACACGGAGAUGCUCCAGGCUUGUUAAUCAAUCACACUUCAAAACCCAUUAAAUAUCAGGAAAAGAAGUUCGGUUCGGAACGUACUCUUCAUCCCGAACAUGAAGUUCUUUUCACUUGGGGAGAUUCGGCUGGAGAGAAGUUGAUUGUCUUUGGUGAGAAUAAAGUAGAAUACGAUUUUCGUAAAGAUGGUAUGGGCCACUUAAAAUUACAAGACGAUAUAGCCGCGUUUUGGACAUCAUUUUUGGAUGGUGAACAGCGCAUUUUAUUGUUUACGGAAAGAGAAGAAAUUGCUUUCCGUUCAGAAACUACAGCACUUUUACAGACGAUCACGCAAUCGGUAGAAAUCAAAAUUCAUGGCAUAGCUCUAUCACUGAUAAACAACGAUGCGAACGUCGACAUCUUAUACUUAGGCAUAACGAGUUCAGGUAUAAUUUGGGAAGCAAAGAAAGAGAAAAAAUGGCACUAUAAAGCACUGAACAUGCAUGAUAAUGCCAUAGUGGAAGCUCGUUAUCAGCAAUAUUUGGUGGAUAAGGCUGUCAUUAAUGCUAUAGAGGCCCCUUAUAUGUUGGACGAUAAGCAAACGAUAAAUUUCGAUGAGAUGAUCUUACGGAAAAACAAUUCCAAUCGCUUCCUCAGGCGCAUAGCUCUUCCAGGCAUUUGGCUUAUACUGAACGCGUCACCCUAUCAAGUGCAGUUACACCUAAAAGUCAAUCGCAUCCAGUUAGAUAAUCAAGUAGCAGACUGUGUAUUUCCGGUAAUUUUGGCACCAAUACCACCACCGAAAACUUUGGCCAAAACAGUAUCUUUCAAGCCGUUCAUCGAAGCCAGCGUUAUUCAGAAGAAAAUGGCUAACACCAGUGUUAAACAGUUCGUGUAUCUGUGUGCGCUGAUACAAGAAUUUCAUGUGAAAGUGGAUUUAAUAUUUGUAAUGGCGUUGGUACAGAUGUUUGCCGCACCGCAUGAUGAUGAUGCAGAAGCCAAAUUCUUUAAAAUAGAUGUCGAGAGCAUAGAGAAGCCAUUAAGUAGUUUGGUGUUAGUUCAAUCGCAACAUGAGACAAAAAAUUUUUACGAUAAUUUACAUUUGGGUCCAUUAAAAAUCCAUAUAAGCUUUUCGUUAGCCGGCCUGGAACCUUCGGCGUUACCAACUGUCCUAUCGAAAUUUAUUCAGGGUGUUGGAGUCACAUUAACAGAUAUCAGUGAUGUUGUUUUACGUUUAGCUUAUUUUGAUCGGAUUGGCUUAUAUUACACGCAAAGUCAGCUCGUACGUGAUAUUGUUAGACAUUAUGUUGGACAGACGGUAAAACAAAUUUAUGUCUUGGUAUUGGGCUUAGAUGUAUUGGGCAAUCCUUACGGUUUGGUAGUGGGAUUUAAAAAAGGCGUUGAAGAUCUAUUCUACGAACCAUUCCAGGGAGCUGUGGAAGGUCCUGGCGAAUUCAUUGAAGGUAUGGCUAUAGGUAUGAAAUCAUUAUUCACUCAUACAGUAGGAGGCGCUGCCGGUGCGUUAUCGAAAAUUACAGGAGCAAUGGGAAAGGGCUUAGCUGUACUCACCUUCGACGACGAGUACCAACGAAAGCGACGCCAAGUUAUGGUUUCGAAGCCGAAAACUUUCCACGAAGGCAUGGCCCGUAGCGGGAAAGGUUUAGUUAUGGGUUUCGUGGAAGGUGUAACGGGCGUAGUUACCAAGCCAGUAGCUGGAGCUCGUGAGCAAGGUGUGGGAGGCUUUUUCAAAGGUGUGGGUAAAGGAGCUAUUGGUUUGGUUACUCGACCUGCAUCCGGCGUUGUUGAUUUUACCUAUGGCACCUUUGAUUCGGUCAAAAGAUGCACUGAAAUACAAGGGGAAAGUAAACGUAUGCGACCACCACGUUACUUCUACGAUGAUAAGGUGGUGAGACCGUAUAACCGAGACGACGCUAAGGGAGCACAGUUGUUGAGGGAAGUUGAAAAAGGUCGUUACCUUAAAACUGACAUAUUCAUGGCGUCGGAAGAAGUGGUUCCUGGACGUGAAUUUCUAUUAAUAACGAAUCAUCGCCUGCUCUACAUUACCCGUAAUGAUGUAUUUGGCACAUGGCCGGUACAAUGGACUUGCCUAAUUUCUGAUAUUGUCAGCAUGGCACCUACAGAAGGCGGGAUUGAAUUUACAUUCAGAAAAGAUAGUAAAAAGAAGACCUUUAGUUCAUAUUCCAGUAAGGAUUAUACAGUAAAAGCAAUAACAAUAAUAAGACAACCAAAACGUGAAAAAAUGCUUUACACGAUAGAAGCGCAACGUGCCCUUCGAACACUGGAAUGAAUUCGUAUUGAAGCUAAAAAACGACACAAGGAAUUAGAUACGCACAUAAUAUCGAACUCUACCAAAAAUACUUUGUUAUAAUACUUUCUAUUCCGCCUACGCCACACUAUUAAACACUAUUCUCUAGCUUUCUCCUAAAUUAUAGAUGUUUUUUUUUUCCCACCUCCAAACAAAAACAACAUAAAUUACACGAAAAAAAACGAAAUUAAAUUAUGAAAUGUUAUGUUUUUAGUUAUCUUUUUUCAUUUAAAUUUUGUACAUGUGUUUCAAAGUAAAGAAAGUAUUCUGUUAA